UAUCAAUGACUAUUUAGUCUUCGUUAAAAUGAUUACUGUAUGCUUCAUCAGUUUUGUUGCUUCUUUCUCUGUUUAUGGCUCCUCAACUGCUAACGCCACCAACUCGCUCUCGACUCGCCCGAGUCACGCGGUGCCUUCUCACUCGCCACCGCCACCACUGCCGGUUCUCAACAAAUGCAACAACAGAAAGAAGUAAAAAAACAAAAGGUGCUUCCUUUUCAGGAAAUGAAAUAAAGCUGCCAGCGGCACUGCGAGACAAGAAUGUGGUGCAGCUCAAGUGCGAAUCCUCCUCUGGUAUUUGCGAUGUCUUUCUUGUUGGCACUGUUUAUAAUUCUCAGAGAUCACGCGAACAAGUUAAAAGAAUAAUCGGCCACUUGAAACCACAGGCUGUGCUUUUAGGAUUAUGCCAAAGUGGCUCAGCAGUGCUUUAUCCUCCAAUUGAUACAAGGCCUGGUAAACAACCUGAGGUUGGUCCUGUUAGCGAAUUUCGAGUGGCAUUUGAAGAAGCAAGAAAGUAUGGUGGCAAAGUGUAUCUCGGCGAUCGCCAUGAAAAGAUUACCAUGGCCAGAGUCAUCAGAAAGAUUACGUUUUUGGACUUCAUAAAACUAUGUUCUCUUCCCUUCAAAGACGUUCCCCACUUAAGGAAGCUUCUUGAAACUUUUCCUAUAGAUCGCUCAAGCAUCACGCAGAGUUUUCCCAAAUUGAGACAGGUAAUUGAACACAUGGAAGGAGAAGGUAUUAAUCAGGAAAUACGUGAGUUUAAGGUGCUUACGGUUUUGCAGGAGACUGUUCUACAUGAACGAGAUCAAUACAUGUCUCGCUCACUACUAGAAGUGGCUAAGAAGAAUAACUGUGUUGUUGCUGUCGUUGGAAAGGGGCAUUUAUCAGGAAUAAAGAAGCAUUGGCAGCAAGAUAUAUCGGUGGCGCCUCUCCUCCAAGUUCCACCUUCCAAACAUACUAUCAUGAAGUUGUGUAUCUCUGUUAGUGUUGUCAUGGUUGGGGUAUCCAUGAUUGGGAGAUAUCUUUGAAUCAAAAUAUGACUUGCCAAGUGGAGAUUUUUCUGAUCAUGAUUGUGUUUACGCUUUCUAACUUGAAAUGAACUUGUAAAUUGUAAUAGACAAACAUGGGAUGAUUAUCCUGAUAUGAGAAGAAAAACUAGAGUUCAUAUUUCAAAAUCUA